UCUCAUACAGGCACUCAUGCAGGGAGGCCUGGUUUCUCAUUGCAGCAACAGUUUCAAGUGGGGCCUGGAGAUGUGACUACACUAUGGACUACACUAUCAGAAGAGGGGAUAUGUGUAUAUCCCCUCUUGGAAAGCAUGUAAGGAAUCCACAGCUGAAUGAUCAAUUAGGACUUGAGCCUUGUUGGUCAGAGUCCUAGGACCCUUUUAGGACCCCAAUGAGGGAACACAUGGUGGUUGAAGCCUCAGAAGGAGCAAGCUCAUCUCAAGCAGGUCUGCAGGCCUGCUGGGUCUUCACUGAGGUGGGGACUUCCUUAGGGUUCGGCAAUCAACUGUAUUUCAGGAAUUCCUGGUUCCCUCUGUUUCCACCGUCUCUGGGACAUUCAAGAGCUGGUCAUCAAACACUGGGACCUGUUUCUUCCAGGAGCACAAGAAACCUAGCUCCCUUCAUCUCCUGCUUCAGCAUCUGCCCCUGAGUUUUCGGCGUGAAUUCUUCAUACUCACUGUGCAGCCUGCAGACACUUUCUUCUUUUCCUGGCCCUUGGUCUCUGCGCACUGGCCACAGUUCUGCUACCUUCAGGGCACUGAGGGUUGGCUGGCCUUCACACCGCAUUCACUAGAGAUCUUUCAACGGACUGGUACUUCCACUGCCUCUCUUUGCCCCUCCUGUGCUUAGUUGGUUUGCUUGGGAUUUCUCGCCUCUCUCUAGGCCCGAACAACCAACCUAGGACCUCUGUGCCCAGUACGUGCACCACCCGCCAACACAACUGGCUCUCGGUCGGCCUGGGUUCCUUUGGCCCCAAACACUCCUAUUCUGACCCCGGGGAUUUUCAGGAUUAUAAGCUAUGCUUAGCUGGAAACGUGCUGUCUGUGCUGGACACUGGAGAAGUCUGAGAAAAGAACACUACAAAAUGCAGAGUGGCUCAGGAGAAAAAACGCGAGGUUUGCAGCGCAGCUGGACUGCUGAGCCGGCUAGCUGCCCCUUCGCUGACCAUAGAGCUCUCGGGCCUCCCGAUUCCUAGAGAGCCGCCGGAAGUGUCUCUAGGGCUCGAGACGCGCGGGCCGGCGCGGGGGCUCCACAGGCGUGGAAGUCAGGGGCUGCAGGGCCCUGUGCGCGCGCAGCUUCCGCGCGGAUCUCCCCGCGCGACCCCGCCAGCCCGCAACUCGCAAAAUAGCCUUGUGGCCUUUAGAAGGUUCUCUUAAGAAGGUAAAGAAGACAGUGGAAACAAGCCUCCUGAGUUGUUCUGGCCCUAAAUGGCGGCAGAAUCAAGUAAGCCUUCAUCAGCCUCAUCUCCACAAGACCAGACUCCUGAGGAGGACCUAAUCAUUAUUAAAGUAGAAGAGGAUCAUGGGUGGGAACAGGAGUCUAGCCUGCAUGAGAAUAACUCUCCUGGCCAAGAACUCUUCCGCCUACGCUUCAGGCAGCUGUGUUACCAGGAGACGCUGGGACCUCGAGAGGCCAUGAUCCAACUCCGGGCACUUUGCCACCAGUGGCUGAGGCCAGAUUUGAACAGCAAGGAGCAGAUAAUGGAGCUGCUGGUGCUGGAGCAGUUCCUGACCAUCCUGCCCAAAGACCUGCAGGCCCUCAUUAAGGAUCAUCAGUUGGAGAAUGGAGAGGAGGUGGUGACCCUGUUGGAGGAUUUGGAGAGGCAGAUUGACGUUCUAGGACGACAAGUCCCAGCUCAUGUACAGAAGCAUCGGGUACUCUGGGAGGAGCUGACGCCUUCACAACCUGCAACAGAGCCUCCAAGUACUCCACUCCAACCUGUGGUGGCCGGGUGUAAAUCUCCAGUGCUCCAGGAGAAAGCCAUUUCUACAUCUCAGAGUUCCUCCCUUUCCCAGAAAGGAAGUUCUGAAGACCAGAAGAUGACGGUCACACCUCGCGAUGCAGAGUUCCAGACUUUGGAGAAGACUGAAGAUGUGGCUGUAUCCAUUGUUCAAGAGAAGUGGAUUCUUGAUCCUGUGAAGAAGAGUCUGAGUAUAGAUAACAGGCCAGAGAAUUGUGGGCACGUGGUCUCGCUGGGUGGUGAGACCAGUAAUGAGAACAAGGAAUUAGCUUCAAAACAGGUAAUAUCUGCUGAAAUCCAACCCCAUGGAGAGACAGCUGCCAGAUGCAACGGGGAUGUUAUCAGGGUUCUGGAGCGUGGAGAAGCCCAGGACCUUCUGGGCAGAUUAGAGAGGCAGCGGGGAAAUCCCACCCAAGAAAGACGACAUAAAUGUGAUGAAUGUGGGAAAACCUUUGCUCAGAGCUCAGGCCUUGUUCGACACUGGAGGAUCCACACUGGGGAAAAACCCUAUCAGUGUAACGUAUGUAGUAAAGCCUUCAGUUACAGGUCAGCCCUGCUUUCCCAUCAGGAUAUCCACAACAAGGUAAAACGAUACCACUGUAAGGAGUGUGGUAAGGCCUUCAGCCAGAACACAGGCCUGAUCCUGCACCAGAGGAUCCACACUGGAGAGAAGCCAUAUCAGUGCAACCAGUGUGGGAAGGCGUUCAGCCAGAGUGCAGGCCUUAUUCUGCACCAGCGAAUCCACAGUGGGGAGAGACCCUAUGAAUGCAGUGAGUGUGGGAAGGCGUUCAGCCAUAGCUCGCACCUCAUUGGACACCAGAGGAUCCACACUGGGGAGAAGCCCUAUGAGUGUGAUGAGUGUGGCAAAACCUUCAGGCGGAGCUCACAUCUUAUUGGCCAUCAGAGAAGCCACACAGGAGAGAAACCCUACAAGUGCAAUGAGUGUGGGAGGGCCUUCAGUCAGAAGUCAGGCCUCAUUGAACACCAGAGAAUCCACACUGGAGAAAGACCCUAUAAAUGUAAAGAGUGUGGGAAAGCUUUCAAUGGGAACACUGGGCUCAUUCAGCAUCUGAGAAUCCACACAGGGGAGAAGCCCUAUCAAUGCAAUGAGUGUGGGAAGGCCUUUAUUCAGAGGUCCAGUCUUAUUCGACAUCAGCGAAUCCACAGUGGAGAAAAAUCUGAAUCCAUAGGAGUUUAGGGAAUAGCCUUAAUAACAGUUUGAGCAUUAUGCAGCAUGAAAACCAUACACUGGUGAAGUCUUUCAGUAGUUAAAUAAAAAGGCAAGAACAAAGCUGACAUCAUGUAGUGGCAACUCUAGAAAUGGCAGGGUUAGAAUAGCUCUUUAGUAGGUUGGGCCCGGUAUAAGACCCAGGUGGAUUAGCUUGGCUUCUUUGGAGCUCUGAUGGAGGAGAGUUUCCAACAGCCUACCACAUCCCUUAGAAACUUAAAAUAGCACUAGAGCAAGUUGCUUAUCAUGGCUUGAAACACUGAACUUUGAGUAGCUGUAGGUUUGAGAGGCUGCUGUUCCCAGCUCAUCUGCUUCUUCCCAUCCCCUGUGAUGCCUUCUCCCAUUAUUCCCCUGAAGGUACCCUCAUGCUCCUCAUCUGAGAAGCUGCUGUAGUGUCCUGGGCAGCCCCGCUGUGAGACUUACUUGUAGUUAGCUUUCUAAGAGUCUAGUUCUAGGGAAGUUUUCACAGUCACAGUUUGUAUAUGCUUAAGUGUUUCACUUUUUAUUCUAAUGUUCCUUCUAGUUGGUGGAAAUCCACAUGCCCAUGCAGACCCAGAAUGCUAUAUUUUUAACAGCACUUCAGCAUUUUGCUUCAUUUAUCACGUUACUGACUCCACUGAGUCACUGAGCAUCUGUGUGUAUCCUUCACCACCCUCAUCCCAGUACCUGUGUCAGCAAAGGAAGUGGACACAUUAGUGAUGGUUGUGGGAAUGAUGCAGAGAAAGGUGAGUGGAGACUCAACCUGGCUGCUCUUGAGCAUGGACAUUUGUCCUUUGUGGUGACCUCUGUCCUUCCAUUUCUCCACUGUACACUGGGAUACAAAGAGUGUUUUCACUCUCCUAAUUAUGUCAUCCUGUGGGACAGAGAGUAGGCAGGGUCAUAAAGGAGUCGUAAGAAUCCAUUCCAAAACACUUACAGCAUCCCUUUGGCCUGUUACAUGCUGCUAUCUCAGGUGCCCAUCCACCUGCACAAAUGUCCUGACUAGACAGGCUCCCACAGCUGAGGUUGCCCUGGACCCACACCUCCUCAGACGGCUGCGGCUCCUCACACAUCCCUCCAUCAGUUCCUUGCCAUUCAUUUGUACGAUUUAAUGCCCCUGUUGAUCUAUCAGAUAUCUUACCUCACAAUUCCUCAUCUUGAAUUCUGGUACAUUCCAUCACUAGUCAGUGUUUGUAAUCUACUAACAAGACAUACUUAUUAACUCUGCAAUAUGUAGGAAGAGUGUAUAGCUCAGAUCAGCUGUGACUUCAGGAACGUGAGCACCAGGCACUGUGUGUCAUCUGUGAAGGCUUUGAGAAUGAUUUAAAACAACGUGCCGGAUCUUAUGAAUUCAAAAUAGAGUAUCCUUUAAAUUGGUCAGUACUACACAUUCUCAAGUGCUAUUUUUAAGUACUAUCAUUUAAUGGUGCUGCUAUUUCUCCAAAUAUAUGGAACGUUCUUAGAAGUUCAUUUAAUCACAUAAGAAAACCUUCUAUUACUCCUAAUUGAAUUCCAUUUUUGCCAUUUGAUUAGCCACUUAUUCACUGAAGUAGGAAUUGAAUAACUUGUGCUUUCAAAACUUAACUCUCAAAUUUGAAAUUGUAUUCAGGGUAUUCAGAAGACCAAUUAUAUAGGUUCUAAUGAAGCCUCCAAGAGAAAGUACAGUUUCACACUGUUACUGUCCUGAAAAAGUAUAAAAAUCAUGUUUUUCUGAUCGAUGUGUUAAAAAUCAGUUAUAAAAUCUCACAUCAUGGGGCUGGGGUUUAGCUCAGCAGCAUAAGCACCUGCCUUGCAAGCAGGCGGUCGUGAGUUCGAUCCCCGGUACCGAUAAAAAUGAAAAAGACAAAAAAAAAAAAAAAACCUCACAUUGGAGUCAUCCUAUGAUUCACAAUUUUCUCCGUAACAUCUGUGUGCCCCUAUGGCUCAUCUUGAUGAAUAACAAUGCUAGGAUUAUGAACACUUGUUUCAUGAAGCCAUUGGUAUCUAUUCUUCCCUUGUCAUUUAUCCUCUUGUUUUGUUUUUUCUUUUUUUCUUUCUUCACUUUUCUUUCUCUUCUGUGGUACUGGGAAUUGAUCCCAGGGCCUUGUGCGUGCUAGGCAAACGCCCUGCCACUGAGCUGUAUCGCUAGCCCCUCUUCUUUUUUUGACAUAGAGAUUACCAUUCCUAAUUCCCUGUGUUUGAAAUUUUCACAAAGCAGAAACAAGUAAAUCUAUUUGGUCCGGGUCCUCACCCUGUGUGUCAGUUGUGCCUUCCCCUCUGUGGUACUGAUUCUGCCUAGGCCCACUGCUGCCCCUUGUGCAGCUGUCACAUAGGAUGGCUCCACUGUCAGAGGAAGAUGCACGUGUAAGUGCACAUGCAUAGUACACACACACUCAAAUACUUCAGAUGAAACCUUCCCUUCGGUUCCAGUAAAAAGCUCUUAGCAGAGCAGCAUUCCCUUUGGCAGCAGUUCUCAGAGUGAUAUACACCCAGGUUACUCAAAUCUCAGAAUUACUAAACUUUUUCAGAAGUUCAAGAAAGUAACAUGAUUAGAGAGAUUCAUAUUACACUGAAGAUCAAUGUCAGUGAAUGUGAGAGAAGACUGUCACUUGAAAGACUGAGUGUAUGUAUAGAAAAAGCCCAGUGAUAAGACAGUAGAAACAGGCUGCAGGUACUUGGAGUGUAUAAGCUGAAGUCGUUCUCUAUAGUCACACUCUGUACUAAAUUCAUAAGAUCUGGCAAGUUCUCCAAAUGUUAGAAAACCAUUCAGACUGUGUGAUAUUCUAAGCUCUUAAUGGUGUAGCAUCUAUUCACUAUUUUGCAGACUUCUCUAUACUUUUACUCUGAAGUGAACUUUUCAUUAGUAUUUUUGGCUCAUUCUCAGCUUCUUAUUUUAGCACCUGACAUGAUAAGAUGGUUCGUCCAUAACUCUGCUGCCAUCCAACAGUCCCUGGAGAGGCACCGUAGGUUUCAGAGAUCUUCUCUGUGAGGCAGGGUGGCAUGGGAGAAUUUGGUGCCUUAUUAGGUAGCAGUUUAGGUUUACUCUUGGUUCAUUCCAAGUCUCUAGGUAAUGAUAGCUGCCAAACCCUAUGUGAAGCAUUCCCUGCUCCUGAUGGAUACAUUAAGGCUCUGCCCUCCUGUCCUGACUGGAGAGCCUGUGCUUCUGACCACUGUUCUGCUACCUACAGUGAACACUUAACAAUGGCCAGCCAUUUAGGGAGCACAUAAACUUGGUUAUGAGACACUGAGUAAAUAACACACUGUAUAGUGCAAAUCCAUUGCAAUUACUUGAAAAUAGCAUUUGAGAUUAUAUCAUCUUUAAAUAUUGAUACUUUUGAUGAAUACUAGGAAACUGAGUUACAAAAGUAAAACACGUAAAAGUAACUGGGAGGAUGCAGCAGUGAUAACUUACAGAUUCAGAUACAUUUCCUCUAAACUGCCUACGGAAAAGUAGAAUUGUAGAGGGAAAAAGUUACCCGUGUCCUAGGCUGGGCAGAUGGACAGUGAGGAUGGCACAAAUGUGGGAACUUCCCGCCUUACCACCCAUUUCCAGCUGCCAUGCUAGUUUUCCUCAGACAUUGCCGGCUCAAACGUCAUCCAUUGUUAACCAGUUUUUCCUUAAUUUAGUCUCAACAUUUCUCAUUUUUUUACUCACCAUUCCAUUGAAAUAGCCUCUGGAUCCCAUUGUAUAAGUAUUAAGACUUUUUAAAAGUUUGUGUUCUUCUUAAUCUCAUGUAUAUCUCUUAUUGUUGACUUUUUGCCCAGUUUUGGGAAUUCUCUUCUCCUUUGGCUCACGGGAUCCUUUUUCUUCAAUAUUUGGCUUUUUUUUUUUUUUUAGUUUAGUUUUUUUGUUUUGUUUUGUUUUUUUGUUUUUUAAGUUUUUUUUUCCUGCUCGUCACUGAAAAAUAUACCUGUAUCUUAUUUUUCUCACUACUUUUUCUAUCUUUGUUUAUCCAUAUUGCUUAUACAUUUGAAUGACUUCAUAUUUCCUAUGCUAAUAUCUCAUGAUUGUGGUAUUUUCCACACAUAUGUACACAAGUUGGUAUUGAAAACGAAACUCAUCACUCUCUUGCUCUAAUUGUCACUUUCUUUUUAUUUUUGCAGUAUCAGGGAUGAACCCAGGGCCUUGACAUUGAGCUACAGCCUUUUUUAUUUUAAAACAGGGUAUCACUAAAUUGCCUGUAUUUUCCUCAAACUUGUGACCCUCCUGCCUCAGUCUCCUAGCGUGAUAACAGUAUUAAAGUUACACAUCACUGUCUCAGGCUCCCAUAUUCUUUUUAAAUAGCAUCAUUGCUUAACCACUCUUCCCUGAAAGACUCACCACCUUUUAUUUUUAUCCCAGCCUUAAAGAUACACUAUCGUCUUUGACUGCAGCUCUCCUUGUCCACAGUCUUGCUGUCAACCCAAUUCUUGGUCUCCUUACGCCUUAAUCUUUGCCUUCUCUAUGAUUCCUUUACAUCCUUCCAUGCAGGUGCACAUCACAUAAAGUCCAGGUUAGUAUAAUUCUUUCUACUUUCCUUGCUCUCAGAAUCCCUGUCUUGUAUAAAACUUCAAAAGUGAUGCUCCUCAAACUCCAUUUUCAUGCCUCCUUUCUACUCAAUAUUGAGCAGGUAAUUCCUUUCAGGGCAGAGGUGUGCCAAGUUCUCGGUACCUUGUCCUCUGUGCCUAACCGCUUCCGCCUCAUUACUGUUCAGCAUGUUCACCUUGACUUAGCACAUGCAAACUUCCUUCAGCCUUCUACUGCUGUCUUACAGCCCUUGCCUCUGUGCCUUUCUUGUGGUAUUGUGUUUGUUUGCUGUUUGGCCCCAGCUCGUGUUCAUUACUCCCUCCAAACCCGUCUUUGUUCAUGACUUCUGAGUGACCCCUCUGUCGCACUGCACCGCACACUGACGCCUUCCUUGCUCUUGUGCUGCCUCAGCACUUCUGCAGUUUGAGCUGUGAUCCAUGCACUUACUGAUACGUUGCUCUGCAGUUAUUUUCUAGAUCGUAGUUCUACAUUUGUAUUUAUUUCCAGAAUUAAAUUGUAAGCUCCUUGAGGGCAGGAAUAUUUCACAUUUGUAUUAUUGCACCCCUUAGUGCUUAGUACAGUGCUGAGCACAUACUAGGCAUUUAAUAAAUGCUUGUUGAAUUAU